CGACUCAAAGGUACGUGUUACGACACAAAUCAAAUUGGAAUUAACCCUUGGGUGUAAUGCAUUACGGUUUAUAAUAACAGACAAGUUUGAUUCAAAAAUGUUCGAUAAUAAAUCAAUACAAACAUUAUUAAACCUAGGUACCGACGUUAUCAAUGGUGCGGUCGCUCUCGCUUCUUACUUAUGGGUAUUCAUUAUGUGCCAUGACAACGAAGACGAGGCAUUUUAAAGCAUCAAAUGUAAACUGUUCAAUGAAGUGACAAUAAAACAACAAUAAUAGUUUUUGGAAAUAUAUUUAUUAUAUUGUAACAAUGGCGAACACAGCGCAUUUGAUGAGACGACAGAGUUCGCGGGACCUUUACGCGCAGAGGUCUCUAGAUCGGAUGGAGAUGAAGGAGCUGAGAGGACGCCUCGUUACGAUGGAGAACGGGCAGCCCGCGCACAGGACUCAUGUCAUGUACGGAGCUACCAACGAGGCCUUUGAAGACACAAGCCCGAACAGACGCUCGUCUGAAACUCCUACCAGCAAAGGGAGUUCCGGUGAAGAACGUGCCGGUUUUAAGAACGAGGGAGCCGAGAUAGAACGCGAGUCUUGGGAUAGUAAAUUGACCUUCCUACUCGCAACCGUCGGAUAUGCUGUCGGCCUAGGAAACGUUUGGCGAUUCCCAUAUUUAGCCCAAAAGAACGGCGGCGGUGCGUUUCUGAUACCGUAUUUCGUAAUGCUGGCUAUCGAGGGCAUACCGAUAUUUUACUUGGAAUUGGCAAUCGGUCAGAGAUUAAGGAAAGGCGCUAUCGGCGUUUGGCAUCAAGUAUCCCCUUACCUCGGAGGUAUCGGCAUUAGUUCCGCCGUGGUUUCUUUCAACGUGGCUUUGUACUACAACUCUAUAAUCGCUUGGUGCCUUUUCUACUUCGCUCAGAGUUUCCAGGCGGAAUUACCUUGGUCUGAAUGCCCGAAGAAAUACUUCCCGAACGGCUCUUACACAAGCGAACCGGAAUGCGCGAAAAGCAGCCCCACUCAAUACUUUUGGUACCGAACAACUCUUCAAAUAUCCGAAGACAUAAACUAUCCGGAAACGUUCAAUUACAAAAUAGCUCUUGCUCUAGUCAUUGCUUGGAUUCUGGUCUACCUGUGUAUGAUCAAAGGGAUUGCGUCAUCGGGGAAGGUGGUGUACGUGACCGCAACAUUCCCAUACAUAGUCCUUGUUAUAUUUUUCUUUAGAGGCAUCACAUUGAAAGGCAUGAGCGACGGACUAAUACAUCUAUUCACUCCGAAGUGGCACACGAUUUUAGACCCUGUGGUGUGGUUAGAAGCGGGCACACAGAUCUUCUUUUCGCUUGGACUGGCUUUUGGUGGUUUAAUAGCCUUCUCUUCGUACAACCCGGUCGAUAACAACUGCUACAGAGACGCCAUUAUGGUCUCCAUGACAAAUUGUCUAACAUCAAUGUUCGCUGGUAUCGUUGUCUUUUCUAUAAUUGGCUUCAAAGCAACUAUGAUCUAUGAGAAAUGUUUGGAGAUCAGGAACGAGACUUUAUUGGAGAUGUUCGGGUCGUCAUACAAGUCAAUGGUGUUUCCUGAGGCUGGGGAAUCGGUAACAAUCGAUAAAAAUGGAACUAUAACGAAUUUGUUAAUGCCACUAUUGCCUGUUUGCGAUUUGCAGAAGGAACUCGAUAAUACCGCAUCCGGGACCGGUUUAGCGUUCAUCAUCUUCACCGAGGCCAUCAACCAAUUCCCAGGCGCUCAAUUUUGGUCGGUUCUCUUCUUCCUGAUGCUUUUCACCCUCGGGAUCGAUUCUCAGUUUGGGACCCUUGAGGGCGUAGUCACUUCCAUCGUGGAUAUGAAGCUGUUCCCGAACCUACGCAAGGAGUACCUGACCGGAGGGCUGUGCUUGCUUUGUUGCUUGCUAUCAAUGGGCUUCGCUCAUGGUGCAGGCAGCUAUAUAUUCCUGCUCUUCGACAUGUAUAGUGGGAACUUCCCGCUACUGAUCAUUGCGUUCUUUGAAUGCGUCGGGAUCGCUUACGUGUACGGAGUAAAGAGAUUUGCUGACGAUAUAGAACUGAUGACCGGACAACGACCAGGGAUUUACUGGCUGAUCUGUUGGAAGUAUCUCUCUCCGCUGGCCAUGUUGUCCAUUCUCGUGUCAUCGUUCGCGGAACUAGCUAUGGAGGGAUCCGGGUAUGAAGCGUGGGUCUCGUCCGAAGGGGACACCGUGAAGAAACCCUGGCCCGUGUGGGCGGUUUUGCUCGUGGUCGUCCUGGUAUUGGCAUCUGUACUGUGGAUCCCUGUAGUUGCGAUUUGCAGAUACUUCGGAUAUCCUAUCGUAGAGGACGAGGAGCGCGCCUGGUUUCCCGCCGAAGACCUUCGUGAUUUUCACGGCAUCGAGCCAAGGCCGGUCUCCGCGGCGGAGACCCUUCUGUUCUGCACUAGGCCUGACGGCAGCGAGGGCUGCUGCUGGCCUGGAUGUUGCGAAACUGACGAUGAGGAGUAAACUCUUCAUCCAUUCAUGUGUUGUUUCUGUCCAUGCUUCGUGUAAGGAAAGUUAUUGUAGCUGUGUACAGUUUACUGUGAAAAUAUGUUUAUGUAGAUGUUCUUACCUGGAUCUGAAGGCAAAUUGGAUCGCUUUAACAAUAAUCCUUUCACUUAAAAAAAAAAUUAAGAUCGUAAACAAAUAUUAGCGUGUACAAUAAUUAUACAUUGCUAUUUAUUUUUAAUUAUCUACCGAUUUAAAGUAAAACAAUAUUUGGUUAAGAUUAUUUCUGAUUGAAAAACAUUUCGAUAGAUUCAGCUAAUACGCUGCUAUGCGUGUCAUGCCACAAUGAUCAAAUUUCUAAUAUUAUAUUUCAUUAUAGACUCCAUCGAUAUAUAUCGAUGAUAGACUCCGGCAAUAUCGGUACUAUCCUAUCUUAUUAGCUAUCGCUGCAAGGCUGAUUUGAAGGAUAUAAAAAUAUUACUUUAAAUUUGACUAACCUUCAAAUGUCAAAUACGGCAGCUCAAAGGAAAUGUGGAUGAAACCGAGAGAUACGCGCUUUUGAGGCUGACAACACCAAACGUGUACUAUGGGUACCUAUGUGUACCUUUCGACUCUGAUUCCGAAUAGAGGAUUGUUCUAAUCAUAUUAUUAUCAAAACAUGUUAUCAUAGUUCGACAUUUUAUUCAUUAAAUUUAAUUUUCCUCUCAUAAAGCGAUACGUACCUUUACUUUUUGAGUACGGUACCUAAUAAUAACUUGAGUGUAACAUAAAUGAAGGUGUUUCCAACAACAAUAUUACGGUGAUUACGUGAAUAAUGACAAUAAUAUUUAGGCCUAAAGAAAAUUAAAUAGAACUGUGUUGUUUGAAAAUAGAGAUUCUGGUUUGUUUAGUUUUUAUUUUGUAUUGAUAAAGUGAACUGAAGUGUGGUAGGUAGCAGCUUGGUUGUGUUUUUGGCAUUACUGACCUCCAUGAGUGACGGUAACACUAUCCGGUGGCUCUAAAAAGUAUUGCCUACGAAGCCAAUAGAAAAAAGCAAAGUAUCAGCCAGCAAGAUAAAGUUUUUAUUACCUACUGUCGUUAUGAACACUACCUACGUACUUCUUACCUUCUUCAUAUCAUGAUAGGCGAUCUAUAUCUUUCUUCCAUAUCAACAAAGUUAUGAAAAAGUCAUAUCUUUCACUUUUAAAAGUAAUUUUGACUAACGGAAAAUACCUUUUAGUAGAUGUGUAUUCUAUUUACAAAAACAAUACAUUAUAUUAUAUACAAAUAAUUUACGUACAACAAUGACAAUAAAAAUUGAAGUUAUAUAUAUAGGAUUUACAGUUGUUUUGUAGUUUUAAAAUAUUCACAUUCUCUCCAAGACAAUAACUUUUGGAUAAGUAUUAUUAUUUAUAAAUUUGUAUUUCCAAUCGAUUUAAAGAAAAUUUACGACAAUAAUCAUAUUGGUAUUUAGAUACUAUAUUAUAGAGUGUAAUAUAGAAUACAAUGCAGUCAUAUUAUGUAUUGAAAAAAAAAAACAAUUAAAGAAUCGCAUACUUGGUUUGAACUAUCAGUGAAAAUUAACAAUAAACAUUAAGAGUAUUAUGACGUCACAAACAAAUACUUUUUUUUUAUUCGCAAUCGUUUCUUUGGCUGCUAUUGUAUUAAUAAUAAGCCUUGAUGUGAUAAUAUUAACUGUUGUUGUUAUCUUUUUAAUAUUAUAUCCUAAUAUAUCGUCCUAAACUGAUAUGUUUUGAGUGUCAGUUUAAAAUACCUACGCAAUAUGAGAUUUAAAAAUAAUCUUUCGGGAUGUUGUGCAUUGGAGAAUUAUUAAAUUGCUUGUGAUUGAUAAUAAACGAUGGCUUUGUGUACUGUCACCUUUCAUUUUGGACCGACACUCAAAAUAAUAUUAAUGAAAUGUAAUAGGUAAUAUGUAGCACAUAAGUAUUUUAGAAAUAUUUCAUUGACGAGUGGCUGUUUAAUAAUUACGUACUUUUAACACCAAUUUGAUGUCUGCUUGAAAUUAAAUCUCAAUUGUAAUCAAACUCAUUGAAGCAUAAUAAUAUGAAAAACUUUUAUUUCUUCUUUAUCAUCGUAAAAACAUGAAUUAAAAAUUAGCGUUAUGUAGCAUCACUUUCGUGCUUGGUGAUUAUUAUGUUAAAAGCUGAAAAGCGUAAACGUUAAAAAGCUUUAAGUUUAAAUUAUAUGCACUACGAUUUUCUGCCGUUUUAUUGUUUUGGCUACAUACUGCAACCGUGCGUAGUGGACGCAUCCGAUGAUGCACGAAGUAUUUAUAUUAAUCCUGUGCUGUUUAAUAUUUAACGUUAGUAUUUGUCUUAUAAAGAAGGCAUCAGAAUCUGAUGCCUUGCUGCCUGACAGUGCCCUGCAGUGCUACCUUACAGUGUCUGAUGAUCAGACUGCACUGUCCACAUUAAUGUGCAUAAAGUCCAUAGACUAACCCAAAGUCUUCUACUUUUUAUAUUUCUCUAAUGCAAGAAUUAGAAGCCUGUACUUUUUUAAGGCCACACAUAUUUUAUGGAGAUAUAUCGUUAGCAAUGUUGUUGUCAUGUGUUUAAGCAAAGAAAAAAAAAAAUCCUAGCGUUAACGAUAAAUAAAAAUUAUACUUGCAAUUUUAUUGCGUACCUAUAUAUCCCUUCAUCGACUCAGCUAGUUAUUGACUAUUGAAACAAACAAAGCCGAUUGAUUGAAUAUAAAUUGUCUGCGUUGAAGUGUGUUUGAGUUCAUGAAUAUGAAUAAAAAAUGCCGUGUAGGUACCAUUUACUAAUAGUCAAAAUUUACGCUAAAAUUAGCUGGCGGUUGGCUGUAGUGCGGGUUACCACUAAAGGCGAGGUAAGGCUGUAUGUGUUUAAGGCUUGGGCCGGUUUUAAGUCAAUUAAUUUUUAUGCGGUAAAUCGUAGUAACUUCAGUAACAUCGAAGCUAUUUAUUAUCAUGUAAUUAUUUAGUUUUCUAAUGGGAAUCGCUGAACUUAAACAAUAUUGGAUAGUCUCUUAAGUAACAGGAAAUAUAACUUCAGGAAUCUGGUGACCUUAGAUACGUUACUCUAAAUAAUGUUUUUUUAAAGUUAUCUACUCAAUUCUAAAUUGUUGCAUUCCAAUGAAUCUUUAUUUUGCUUGUAAUAAACUUGUUCUUAUGAAAAAAACUGAAACGCACAACGACUUUUGCUUAGCAAUUUUUUAUUGUAUAUUUUUCGAUAAAACCAAUACUAUUGCUUAUUUCUUAUGAAAUUAUGAAAAGAAAAAGAAUAUUGCUAAAUAAGAACAACUGACAUUAUGGUAUCUUUAAGCGAUUUUGAACCGAUUCUGAGUUCCCAAAUUUAAUUGGAAUAUGUAAUGCUCGCAUUUAGAUCAAUUAAUCUUUUGUUUGUAUUAUUUGAUUUCCAUUGUUCGCAUGAUCACUGAAAGCAAUUAACUAUUUUGCAUAAGGCGAGUAUCGUUCCUUAGCUAUUUAUGUUUUAAUCAAGAUAUAUGUAUCUAUACCUACUUAAAAUUAUUUAAAGCAAUCAUUAAUAAUUAACGUGUUGUUGUUUCAUAAAAACUAAGUACAGUAUAUGCCUGAAUAUUACGUCGUGUUGAUGGUAAAAUUAAAUUUU